AUGGCAUUUAAGUCUUACCAAAAUCAGGCUAAAGUUCUGGUUAAAGACUACUUACUGGCAGAUCCUUUUAUUCCAUACACUUCCAUCCUUGGAGGCUUAUUUGCAUGCAAAAUGGUCUACGAUCUUAUUCAGCUGAUCAGUGCUUUUUCCUGUAAGAGCUAUACUAGCCUUACAAAAAUGCAACGGAUUGAAUGGAACAACCGUGGCAUCUCCAGUGUUCAUGCCAUUUUUAUUGCAAGUAUGUCUUUGUACUUUGUGUUCGGGUCAGAUCUUUUUUCUGACCAGCAUCUUGAUGGCCUUAUUACGUUCCGAAGCUCACCACUCUCAACUUUUACACUGGGGGUAUCUGUUGGGUACUUCCUUGCAGACCUUGGAAUGAUUUGUUGGCUGUAUCCUUCCUUGGGUGGAUUAGAGUAUAUCAUCCAUCACUCUCUCUCUGGAAUUGCUGUGGCAUAUGCCAUGUUUACUGGGGAGGGGCAGCUUUAUACCUUUAUGGUACUCAUCUCUGAGGUGACAACUCCAGAGAUCAACAUGAGAUGGUACCUCGAUAUGGCUGGCUUGAAGAGGUCCAACGCAUAUCUAAUCAAUGGUGUAGUCAUAUUUUUUGCUUGGCUGGUUGCUAGAAUUUUGCUGUUCAUUUACUUGUUUUACCAUGUUCACUUACACUAUGAUCAGGUCACUAAGAUGCACACAUUCGGUUUUCUCUUGGUAUUUUCUGUGCCGUCUGCGCUUGCUACCAUGAACUUGAUGUGGUUUCGAAAGAUUAUCAAAGGUUUGAGAAAGACUUUAGCAAAGAGGCAGUGA